AUGUGGCGUGAACACCGAAAAGACAAUUUAAAUGAAAUUAAAAAUUCUGAAACAAAUAUUUGGUUGGCCGGAGAUGGGCAAUUUGAUUCCCCGGGUUUCUGCGCAAAAUAUUGCACUUACUCAGUAAUGGACUUACAUAGCAGUAAAAUAAUUGAUUUUAAUUUAGUCCAAAAAGGUAUGGGUUCUGGGGAUUUGGAACGAAAAGCUUGCGAAUCGUUAAUCGAUAAAUUAAUUGAAGAAGAAAAUUGUAAUAUAAAACUAUUUCUAACGGAUCGACAUAGAGGUAUUCGAUAUUUUUUACGUACAAAAUAUCCUCAAAUUGAACAUGAAUUUGAUGUAUGGCAUUUGUCUAAGAGUUUGUCGAAAAGAUUGAAAGGACUUGACAAAAAAUAUCCAGAUGCAUAUUUAUGGAAAACGAGCAUAAAUAACCAUUUAUGUAAUGUGCACGAAUGGGAAGAUAAUGGCAAAACAAAAAAAUGUGAACACGAAAAGUUAAACGAUGAAGACUUAAAAAAAAAGCUUUGGAUACAUCCUAAUAGUGAGUCUUACUUUGCGUUAAAAAAAAUUAUUAUGGCUAAAGAUUUGUUAAAAGAUUUACAACACGCAAAACAUUUUGUACAUACUGGUCGCUUGGAGUCCUACCAUAACGUUCGCUUGAAAUAUAUGCCCAAAAGAAUACAUCUCAAGUUUAAUGGAAUGUAUUUACGUUCGAUAAUUGCCAUUCUCGAUCACAAUUAUAAUGUAAACAAAACACUCAUAGGAGAUAAAUUGGUUUUUUCAAAGCCAAUCGGCCGUUACACAUUAAAAAAUCGUUACAAAAAUCCAUCAAACAAUUGA